AUGGAGGAGCGGAGAUCUUGGCCGGGUCAUACAGUUCAGGGCUUGGCGAGAAUGAAGGCCCAGGCACUCACACCCCAUUCAGGCAAAAUUCCAGAUCGCAAAUGCACCGAAGCAGCAAUGGCUUGCAGCGCCAAUCGAACCCUGUUCGCGGAGUCACCGGGAAGUCGGCACGUGGAUGCGGACGGGACUGUCGACAUCAUCGAGUUGGGCCAGUCUCCGCCCUGUUCCGGGGAAGAGGAGGGACUGUGGAAGAAUGAGUAG